UGGUCAAAAUUUGGGAUUUGAACCUUGCAGUGAUCCAGAUGCUAGUACAUCAGAGCCAUUGCCUCGUAAAACUAAGAAUGUUGUUCACGGAUUAAGCUCUCCAUCCUACGAAUUAAAUUUUCAGCUGAUGAAAAUGAUGAGACAUUCCCCAUGGACCAUGAAUCUUCUCGACUCAACUGUGAAGAUAAUCGAAAGGCACAAGUUUCUGAAAGAAGGCAAAUGGACAAAAAUAGCAAUGUCAACAUAAAAUCAUCUAUUGAUAUUUCCGAGGAUUCUUUACUUCUUGAAGCGACAUUAAGGUCUGAACUGUUUGCACGACUAGGAGUGAGAACUUUGUCAAAGAAUAGUGGUUCAUGUUAUGAUGUGGAACCUUCAGUUGAAAGAGGGCCUGAAAAUGAUAUUGGGAGUGACAAAAUGCGGACAAGUAAUGGCAGUGUUCCAUCUUCAGAAGGACAAAGUCAGCAGCAUUAUGUUGGAGGGACUGAUAAGCCAGAAAAAACUUUUAGUGAGGUUGCUGUUCAGAUCCAUGAUCAGUGCCAUGCUGAAAAAAGUUCUUUAGAGUUUCAAUGUACUGCUGAUUUUAAGGAAAAUAACUUUUCCAUUAGAGCUCACCAUUCAACAGCUUCUGCAUUAUUUUCACCUUCAAUUCUGAGGAGUGUGUUUGGCCAUCUGAAAGUUAGACCAUCCAUUGCUUUAUCAAAUACUGAAAUUCACCAGAAUCACUCAUGUAACUUUUACAUUGAAGAGGGUGCUUGUGUCAAAUCUAAGGAACCUCAGGAUGGGUAUUUGAUAGAAACCUCAAACCAGGAGACUCUUAGUAGUUUCUUUGGGAGAGAAUUCGGCUCUAAUACCUGCAAUCUUGCCAUUGAACCAUUUUGGCCUCUCUGUAUGUAUGAGCUCAGAGGAAAAUGCAACAAUGAUGAAUGUCCUUGGCAACACGUGAAGGACUUCUCAAAUGGAAAUAUGUAUCAGAAUCAGCAAGGCAAUUCUGAUAUUGCUGAUGGUCAGGCUGGGUUAACAAUACCUCAACAAGAUUCUAUAGGUGCUUCCAAGUGUCGUGAUAAUUUGACUCCACCAAUAUAUAUAGUUGGUUUAGAUAUAUUGAAAGCUGAAACACAUUUUGAGUCUGUUAUAUCUAGAAGACAUGGACAAUGCUGGCAGAAGUGUUUCAGUAUUACCCUAGCCUUAUCGAAUAUGUUACAGGACUUACCUGCAGAAUUCUUGCAUGCCAGUGAUGGACGUAUUGAAGUGUGUGGGGGUUGGAAUAGACAAUCCUCUUAUUUUCAAAGUAGAGAUGGCAUAAUGAAUCAACUUAAACAAGCUUUGCCUAAUAGUGUCCAGUCUGUGGAAAUGGCUCUUCUAUUUCUCAAUCAAGAGGCUGGCAGGUUAGAGGGUGUAAGAAAGGCUCUGUACAUAUUGUCACGAGCUCUCGAGGCAGAUCAAUCAUCUGAAAUUCUUUGGAUUGUUUAUCUGCUUAUAUAUCACAGCAAUUCAGUGCCAUAUGGGAAGGAAGACAUGUUCUUUCAUGCGGUCAAACACAAUGAAGGAUCUUAUGGACUUUGGCUUAUGUACAUCAACAGUAGGAUACAGCUUGAUGAUCAGUUGGGUGCAUAUGAUGCUGCCCUUUCAGCACUCUGCCGCCAUGCAUCUUCCUCUGAUGGAGAUGAAAGGCAUGCUAGUGCACGCAUCUUGGACGUAUUUUUGCAGAUGGUGGAGUGUUUGUGCAUGUCUGGGAAUAUUGAGAAAGUCAUCAGAAGAAUCUCUGGGCUCUUCCUCACUGCAACAAGUUCUAAAGAACCUCAUGGCUUGUUUCUCUCUGAUAUCCUCACAUGCUUAACCAUUUCUGACAAACUUAUAUUCUGGGUUUCUUGUUUGUAUUUAAUUAUUUACAGGAAACUGCCCGAUGCUGUUGUACAGCGGUUUGAAUGUGAGAAAGAGCUCCUUGCAAUUGAAUGGCCUUCCAUUCACUUAGUAAAUGAUGAGAAGCAGGGCAUUGUAAAGCUGGUUGAAAGAGCAGUGGAUUCUGUUGAAACUUAUUUAAAUAAUGAAUCACCUAAGAGUGAAGCUAAUCUCAGAUCGGGACAACUUUUUGCUGUUUGCCAUGUUAAGUGUAUGGUAGCACUUGAUGACUUAGAAUGCAGUUGGAAUUUGCUGGAAAAAUACUUGAAGUUAUACCCGUCUUGCUUAGAACUUGUUCUGACAUCAGUGUGCUUGCAGAAAUGUGAUUUUGGUGAUUCAAGUUUUAUGGGGUUUGAGAAAGCUCUUAUGAAGUGGCCUAAAGAAGUCCCUGGAAUUCAGUGUAUCUGGAAUCAAUAUGCUGAGUAUGCCCUCCUGAAUGGAAGACCUGGUUUUGCAAAAGAACUUAUGGACCGUUGGUUUCACUCUGUUUGGAAGGUUCAAUUCUCUGAAGUUGACAUUUUGGAUGCCAUGGAUGCUGAGAUCUCUCAUGGCUUACUAGAAUCCACUUCAAUAUCAAAUCUAGGCUUCUCAGUGUCCAGUAAAAACCAAAUGGAUGUAAUGUUUGGACUGCUUAAUCUCUCCCUUCGUGGGUUAUUGCAGAACCAUUUCAAUGAUGCUCGGUUAGCUAUUGAUAGGGCGUUGAAGGUUGCAGCUCCCGAGAAUUUUAAUCAUUGUGUUAGAGAGCAUGCCACGUUUUUGCUUACUGAUAGGUCGGGACUAAAGGGAGAUGUAGUUUGGCAGCUGAACCUUUUGAAGCUUUAUUCGGACAAUGCCCGCCCUUUUCCUUGCUCUGAACCAUUGCCCAGACACUUUCUUAACAACAUUGAUAAGCCAAGAGUCCAGCAGCUAGUUACUAACCUGCUAAGUCCAAUUUCAACUGAUUCUUCUCUGGUGAAUUUGGUUCUUGAAGUGUGGUAUGGUCCCUCACUUUUACCACAAACCUUUAGCAAGCUAAAGGAUCUAGUUGACUUUGUUGAAGCCAUUAUGGAGAUUGUACCAUCCAACUACACACUGGCAUUUUCUGUUUGUAAGCGGCUCAGUGGAGCUGACAACCCUGCCGAUGUUACACCGGCCAGUGUUUUUUUCUGGGCCUCCUCAACCUUGGUCAGUGCGCUUUUUCAAGCUAUGCCAAUUGCUCCAGAAUAUGUAUGGGUAGAAGCUGCAGAUAUUUUGGGCAAUGUAAGCGGUAAAAAGGGCAUCUCUGAGAGGUUUUACAAGAGAGCCUUGUGUAUAUAUCCAUUUUCCAUCAAGUUGUGGAAAUGCUAUUAUAAUCAAUCUAACAAUAAAGGAGACAUGAACAACAUUGUUGAAGCAGCAAGAGAAAAGGGUAUCGGGCUUAUUUGAAGACGUUAGAAACAGCAUUUGCCCAGGGAACUUCUAGUCCAGAUCUGAUCAUUACUGGUUCGGGAGGCUGUAGAUGUAGAUUAUCGUAUAUGUACUGGUUGCAAGAUACACAUAGGUUGGAUAUUGCUAUUAGUUAGUUAAAUCAGGAAAUAUAUGAGGAUAGCAAUGCAGUCUGUAAUAGGGUCUUGCAACAUCAGUUAGGCUGCUGUUUUUGUGAAGGUUAGUUGAGGUUUAUUCCCUCUUUUAGUCUUCUGCCUUCUUUGUUUGGUUCAGUUUUCUCUUUUUGUUGUUAACUAAUUUUCCUAGUUCCCUUAAUAGUAGAUGAUAAAAGCUUUGUACAAUUUUGCCAUUUUGUGUGUAAUUGUAAGUUGAGGUGAAUAGAGUUUAAAUUUGUACCUUGUAUUUGGAUAAUGUUACUGACUUUUUGAACGAAACAAAGACCGGUCACUUGCUCGCUUCUCAUAAA